ACAAUGGAAAAACUGGGAUUCAAAAGAGCACUGAAGGGGAAACACACAUGUACUAAAAAGCAUAGCUCCGAGCACAUAGAGGCAGAGGGAAGAGAGGAGAGCGAGGUAGAAAACGGAUCCUGCUUCUGCCUGCAACAACUCUCUUUCAGCACCAAGGACAGAGCCUCUGAAGCGCUGACCCAAGCAACACUCAAGUUAGGGUCCCUCCCAAAUCCUCUAGAGAAAAUGAUGCAUUCAAAAGCAGCUAUGAAACAUGCAGUAAGGUCUAAUAGGGAAGCUGGAAGAGCAGCUUACAAGUGAUUCCACCUUAGAGGCAAAAAUGGGUGAUUUUCUUUCUGCUUAUUUUCACAGUUUCUGUGUCCUGGGAAAGGUAAAGUCUGCUUUGCUUGGGUAUGUCUGCUGUCAGUAAAUGGCUGCAGGACCUGAGGUGCUAAACCCCACGGUCUCCAGAAACCAGAAGAAAUUUUCAGGGAAACGUGUUGGGGUUGCUCCUCUCCCUCAAGGCCAUGGCGCCUCUGAGCCAGCUGGGUGGCCACAUCAACUCCACCUGUGCUGCAGAGAACGCCACAGGGGCCAGCCGGGCCCGCACGCACGCCUACUAUGCCCUCUCCUACUGCGCGCUCAUCCUGGCCAUCGUCUUCGGCAAUGGUCUGGUGUGUGUGGCCGUGCUGAGGGAACGGGCCCUGCAGACCACCACCAACUACCUGGUGGUGAGCCUGGCCGUGGCAGACCUGCUGGUGGCCACUUUGGUGAUGCCCUGGGUGGUGUACCUGGAGGUGACAGGCGGAGUCUGGACUUUCAGCCGAGUUUGCUGUGAUGUUUUUGUCACUCUGGAUGUCAUGAUGUGUACAGCCAGCAUCCUGAACCUCUGUGCCAUCAGCAUCGACAGGUACACUGCAGUGGUCAUGCCAGUGCACUACCAACAUGGCACGGGCCAGGGCUCCUGUCGGCGCGUGGCCCUCAUGAUCACGGCCGUCUGGGUACUGGCUUUUGCCGUGUCCUGCCCUCUCCUCUUUGGCUUCAACACUACAGGGGACCCCAGCGUCUGCUCCAUCUCCAACCCUGACUUUGUCCUCUACUCAUCAGUGGUGUCCUUCUACUUGCCCUUUGGAGUGACUGUCCUCGUCUAUGCCAGGAUCUAUGUGGUGUUGAGACAGAGGAGACGGAAACGGAUCCUCACUCGACAGAACAGUCAGUGCCUCAGUGUCAGGCCUGGCUUCCCCCAGCAGUCCUCCUGUCUGCGGCUGCACCCUAUUCGGCAGUUUUCAAUAAGGGCCAGAUUUCCAUCAGAUGCCACAGGGAAAAUGGAACAGUCAGAAGAUAAACAAUAUCCCCAGAAAUGUCAGGACUCUCUCUUGUUACACCUGCAGCCCCUCUCCCCUGGCCAGACACACAUGGAGCUGAAACGCUACUACAGCAUCUGCCAAGAUACUGCCUUGGGGAGACCAGGCUUCCAAGAAGGGGAAGGAGAGUUGAAAAGGGAGGGGAGGACUCGGAACUCCCUCAGCCCCACCAUGACACCCAAGCUCAGCUUAGAGGUUCGAAAACUCAGUAACGGCAGGUUCACAUCCUUGAAGCUGGGGCCCUUGCAACCUCGGGGAAUGCCACUUCGGGAGAAGAAGGCCACCCAGAUGCUGGUCAUCGUACUCGGGACCUUCAUUGUCUGUUGGCUGCCUUUCUUCUUGACCCACGUUCUCAAUACCCACUGCCAAGCAUGCCACGUGUCCCCGGAGCUUUACAGUGCCACAACGUGGCUGGGCUACGUGAACAGCGCCCUCAACCCCGUGAUCUAUACCACCUUCAAUGUCGAGUUCCGCAAAGCCUUCCUCAAGAUCCUGUCUUGCUGAAGAAGGAGAGGAAAAAACACUCCCUGUGCCCACCUCUAGCUGCCAGGCCACUGGGCCACUGCCAGGGCCUGCUCAGAACGACUAUGCGAUGUCCUCUGGCAUGUGGCAGCGAGAAGAUUCCUGGAGCCAGGACAUCCCUGAGUGGCAGGUGUAACCAACCACGUCCUCCAGAACAGAAUGUCUUACCUUCCCAGCUCAACUCUGAAUGUCAUCCUGGCAAUCUUCAAGUGGUUGGGGGGCCCCUGAGUGAUAAGCAAUAAUUCAGAGAGAAGCUGAUAGAACACGAUUCCACACACACACAUAUGAUUGUCAUCAGAGGCAUGAUUCAUUGCAGUGAAGGAAAAAGGAACAGAUCUCAUAAUUCUCCAGUUGCCAGGGGUCCUUGAAAACGCAGGCAGUAAACCAUCUUGCAGAACAGCCAGUCUCUCUUCCUUCAAACUUCUAAUUAACUGUCAGGCUAACCUUGUACUUUCGUGGGCUCACUCCCUUUGGUCAUUCCUUUCCUUCACUCUAUCCUGAAAUAUAACUGCAAGGCCAGGGCUUCUGUCUUUCUAUAGAAUCUGAUUGGCUCCCUUUGGUGAGAGAAAUUCGUCACCCUGAGGAAGACAUGGUCCCACAUUAGGACCUGUGCUUCAUUUCUAACCUUGCUCCCACUGUAUUUUAACUCUAGCUAAGAAGCCCCUUUGAUUCCAUCCCCUUACUCUCAGAGUUUAAACUCCACAGUAAUGCAAGAUGGGCAUAUGAAGUGAAAAAGCAAUGACAAUUCCCACUGUAGCACCACUGUUGAAACUUGUGGUUCAGGAUGUGCUUUAGACAUGCUUUUCAUAGCACUGUAAGGUUUCCCUACUCAGGCAUCUCCGUCUCCUUCUUAACAGAGAUCCAUUACUUUCAGACCCUGAAGCCCAUUAAGUAUUAAGUGUCUAUAAAAUGCUCUUCACCUCCCAGGCUCUGCAUAUAUGACAAUCAAUAAGACAGCUCCUGCCCGCAUGGAGCCCACCACCUUCUCCUGUGUUUGGCCAUUUACUUGUUGAAAGGUGGUGGGGACUCACCAAGACGGCCAGGGGACCUCAGAACAAAGGACAGCAGGCGGAGUAGCAGUCCAAAGCCAUCACUGGGACAGUCUUUGUAAAGUCCUAGUGCAGAUCCUAAACAUCAUCACUCCAACAACUGAGAUGAAAGGUAUAAUAGAAGUAACAUGCUAAUGUCGUUCAAAAUUGCAUCUGUAAGGAACUUGAAUAUUCUUACCAUUUUUUUUGCCUUUCACCUACAGAAGCUAUUUCUUAUUGAUUGCAGAAUCAAGAUACAAUUUGUGGAUAAUUUAUGAAAUGUUAUCAUCCUGAACUUCAGUAAAUUUACUGUUAAGACCUGUUAGUGCAUAGGCAUGAUAGACACUUGCUGCAAUGCUAUUAAAAUCUCAGAAUGCACAGGAACUUUAUAUGGAAUCCAAGGCUUCCCUUGCCCCAUUCCUCUAACCCUUAAGUAUUUAUAAGAAGGAAAUACAUACUCCUCAGUGAGUCAGCUAUUGUUACUCCUGAAUGCUUUCAAUGCCAAAAUUUUUAAAAGUUACUGUCUAUAACAAUGCUGUCUGCCCACUAGUUUUUGUACCUGGUACCAUCUAGCUUAAUAGGUUUAAUGUACAAGUAGAACUGGAGACGGAGACAACUGAAUAUCAGAAGAAGUAAAAGUACAUGAUACCUAAGUUUUUCCACGCAAAAUAAACAGCAAACGGGUGGGACAGUGGGGUGAAAGCUUACAGAAUUUCAUGUCAAAAUCAGAGUUUCAAAGAGAGAGGUAUAAACAGCAUAGGUAUUAAUAUAUUUGUGAGGAAGAAUGAUAGCAAAUUCAACCCUUAUGAUAACUUUAGAAAGAUAAUCAUUUUCCAGAUGAGGAAACUGGGGCAGGGUGAGGUUAAGAAAUUUGCCUCAGGUCACACAGUCAGUAAGUGGCACAGCUGGGAGUCAAGUGUACAUCUGCCUGAUUCCCAAGCUCAUAAAUUAAACACUAUGACACGUCACCUCCCACCAGAGGGGUAAAGGGGUGGCAAGAAAAAAAUGGAACAAAAAAAUCCCUGAGAGAGCCUCACCCUGCCCCACCCACCUCCACCUUAGACUUUCCGAAGAACCCAGCCCAAGGCAUUACUCUCACUCCGCUGCCAAGUCCAACUUCUGAAACAGUCACACGGAACACCCAAAGUCUACUUCUACAGAAUCAUGGAACAGACCUGAGGGACUAUUUGAUUCUACCCUCUCCUUCAAUUACAGAAAAGGAAGCAGAGGUCCAGAAUUGUCCCACAGCUGCUUAAUGACAGACAAGUACUCAUAUCUGCUGAAUCCUAGUUCAGUGCUCUUUCUACUUCACCGCACUCCCCGAGAGCCCCAUGAAAACUAUACACUCCAUUACAGAUAACAAGGAGAAAGUCAUAUCGUCACCUCCAUGAUUAAACUGAGAGGCACUUUUCCCCUAGACAACGUCUCCUUCCCAGAAUUCCCUUCUGGUCCUGGAAGAGCCUCCUAGGGGAAUCCCAAACACUCACUUCGGCCUCUUCAUCCUGGGAUUCUGCAUUCUGUCCUCUCUACCUCUACUUCCCACCACGAACCAGCAUUCUUAACCUCAGAGCGUGCUACAUUGAGAGCCAGUAUGGCCAAAAAUCCCAGGAGAGAUGUUGGCCUGAAUAAAGCAGAGCAGAGUUCUUGGGGCAAACCAGGUCUGGAGCCCAAAGACAUCUCACAGCAGCCCACGUACUAUUUGGGUGAAAUGCAAAUAGUAGGGAAACUCAAGUAGAUUACAACCAACAUUCAACUCGAGACCUUAUGUAAAUAUGUCCUUCUUCUAGGACACCAUCCUAAAAAAAUAUUCUAUUCAUUACUCAUUAACUAAAUCAAUCUCUUACUCAAUAAAUGUUGAUUGAUUACUUUGUAUGUGCCAAGCAUGGUGCUUGGUGCUGGGCAACAUGAUCAAGGAAGACAUAGUCCUUGCUUUGAGAAGUUCGUA